CUUCCAGCGGAUUUUGGUAAUUCUUGAUUUCAAAGCUAAUCCUCCCUUAGUUCACUUGAAUUCCAGGGCUUGUAUUCUGUUGUGUGACUUAAUGGAAGUCUUGCGGGAGAUUCCCCAGCUACCCCCUCACGCUUCGGGCACUCCGGUGCUAUCGGUGCUGGACAUGCACACGGGCGGGGAGCCCCUGCGGAUUGUGCUCGCGGGAUGGCCCGAGAUGGACGGCUCUACCCUGCUGGCCAAACGCCGCUAUGUGCUGGAGCACCUGGACCCGCUGCGGCGGCGCCUGAUGCUCGAGCCGCGAGGGCACCGGGACAUGUACGGGGCGCUGCUCGUGCGCAGUGAGCUGCCGGAUGCGCACCUGGGCGUCCUGUUCCUGCACAACGAGGGCUGCAGCUCCAUGUGUGGUCACGGCGUGUUGGCCUUGGGACGCUUCGUGCUCGAUUACGGACUGGUGCCCCCGCCCCCGCCCGGUGCCCGCGAGGCCACAGUCCGCCUGCAUUGCCCUUGCGGUAUGGUCACUGCCUUCGUGGAGUGCGAGGGUGGCCACAGCCGGGGACCGGUACGCUUCCACAGCGUCCCGGCCUUUGCUCUGGCUACAGAUCUGAUAGUGGAUGUUCCUGGAAAAGGAAAGGUUGUGGUUGACAUUGGAUAUGGCGGUGCAUUUUAUGCAUUUGUUAAUGCUAAAAGACUUGGACUAGAUGUCUGUUCUUCAAAGACAAAGGAUCUUGUAGAUGCAGCAACUGCGGUUACAGAAGCAGUGAAAACACAGGUUAAGCUUCAUCAUCCAGACAAUGAAGAACUUGCAUUUCUAUAUGGAACUAUAUUAACAGAUGGAAAUGAUGCUUUUAGUGAAGAACCAACAGCCAAUAUCUGUGUGUUUGCACGUGCACAGGUUGACCGAAGCCCCACAGGUUCUGGAGUGACAGCUCGCAUUGCCUUACAGUAUCACAAAGGACUUAUUCAACUGAAUCAGACUAGAACCUUUAAAAGUGGUGCAACGGGCUCAUUGUUCACUGGGAAGCCAGUGAAGGAAACCAAAUGUGGUGAAUUCAAAGCAGUUGUAGUUGAAGUAUCAGGACAAGCCUACUACACAGGUACAGCAAACUUUAUAAUUGAAGAAGAGGACCCACUGAAAAAUGGAUUUCUUCUCCAGUGUCUUUAGUCAUAACCUCUUACUGCUCCCUUUUAAAGCAACUGUAAUCUAAGAACUAAUUGUCUUCAUGUUCUAUAAAAAAGUAUAUCAUCUUAUACAUGUACUUUGCCAUCCUGUCUAAUUAAUGUCAUAAUCCUUGAUUAUAUACAAUCAUGCUUAUAAAUAGGUAAUAUAUAGCUCUUUGUGAUUUGCAAAUCAUUUUACAUUUUUAUCUCAUGACAUUAUCUGUAUGAGCCAAAUUAGCUAGAAAUCUCUUUAAUAUAUUAGUUUAACAAAGGACUGGAAAUAAUAAUAUAAUGUUUCUUUUACAGUGGCACUUAGGAUAAAAGAUAAUAAAAAUGAACCAUUUCAAAUAGAUUUAUAAA